GUGAAGGGAAGGAGCCAAAGAGUGGGAGGCGCUGUUUCUUCAACCUCUCUCUCUCCUUCUUUUCUGGGUUUUACAGUUAACUUUUUUUCUCGAUAAUCAUCAUCGCCCGAAAACUCAGAUUGUUCCCGGAAUCUUAUAUCCUCCCCCCAAUAUCUCCGAUUGAUCAAAGAAACUGCAAAGACGAGAGAAGAGCUGAAGAUUGAAAGUCAAAAAGUCGGAGAUUAUGGAGCUCUAAUCUCCAUUUUUUUCUUAUGAGCUUCAUGUUCAAGUCAAGUAUCCUCCUUCUGCUUUUAUAUUUGUUUGCCGUUUCGGGGAUAAAGGAGGAGACUUUUAAUCCUGUUCUCUAAUCAUGGCGUCAACAUAUUGAUUACUCUUCCUGGACUGUCCUUUCGCUUUUUGAUUCCUUUGGUUAUGUUUUGAUGAUAGAGACGUUUUUUUGACUUACAAUGAGUACACCAAGAAACGGCUUUUCCAAGCAUCAGAGAGCUGAGAAAGUUUGUGGUCAAGGUGGGCCUAAUUGGAUCCUAAUCGCAGGUGGAGCCUUGUUGAGCACUCUGUCCAUUCGCUUUGGCUACAAGCUUAAGCAGUCGCCUCACUUCAAACCUUCUCAUCAGUCUAAUGCCUCUCCUGGAUUUAAAGCCAAUGGAACAUCUGAGAGGCAAAGAUGUUGUUGUUGUUUGCACUCCUCCAACACGUCUUCCUGUGCAAAGAAUAAUGAUUAUUCCUGCUUCCGCUCCGUUCCAGGAACUGAGAAUGUGGAAGGAAAAGCGGAGACAAACGAGCAAAUGGUAUCUGUAUCUGACAAUUCACUGCCUCUUGUGACGGUUCCUGCUCCAUCAUACAGCAAAGAGAACGGAGUCAUGUGGACUUCCUCUCCUGAUCGCCUGGAACUUCCCCCGAGACCAUACAAUCACCAUUCAACCUGCUCGGAUUCACCUUGCGUAUCUGAAACCAGCUCAGACAUCUUCAGCAAACGAGAAGUAAUACAGAAACUGAGGCAACAGCUGAAGAGGCGAGACGACAUGAUACUGGAAAUGCAGGAACAGAUUCUAGAGCUGCAAAACUCGUACAACGCGCAGAUGUCACACUCAAGCCACCUCCAGGCUCAGCUAGACUCGAUGAACAGAGAUCUGUUCGAAUCGGAAAGAGAAGUUGAGAGACUGAGAAAAGCUAUAGCUGAUCACAGCGUGAGCAAUGGCAAGACAUCUCCUGUUGCACCUUGGAACGGGUUUAUGGAGAGCGAGAACAAUUACGAGUCAGCGGAGAAGGGAACAAGGGAGGGAGAAAGAAUAGAGAGGUUGAGAAAGGAAGUGAGUGAGCUUAAAGAAGUGAUAGACGGGAAAGAGUAUCUGCUUAGGAGCUAUAAAGAGCAGAAGAUUGAGCUUCAAGAGAAGGUGAAAGAGUUGCAGCAGAGAUUGGACUCACAGCUCCCAAACAUAUUAUUGUAGGUUUAAGAGUUAGAGCAUUGUGCAUAUACUUGCUUCUCUUCUGCUGCUUCUUUUUGGUUUUAGUAUUUCCAGUUUCAUCGAAAAAAAUGAAUCAGUGUCCUAAGAGAUCUUUUGGAGUAGCUCACUCUAAGAGAGAUUUUUUUGUUUUUCUGGCUUCAGCUUUGGUUUUGGAAUGUCUUGAUUUUGUUUUAUUUGUGACCUUAUCUCUGUUUUGAUGUUUGAUGUAAAGGAAAGUUAGUAGUUGAAGAUUUUUACGGCGGGAAUGAAUAGUUCGCUGCUUC